ACUUUUAUGAUCUACAGCGAGGCCCUAAAUUUGAUCAAAUUUAUUUGACGACAGAUGAGAUUUGACAAAGUGCCUAUUACACCAUCAAAUCUCUUUCACAUAAAUAUUUGACAAAGAAAUCCAGCCUUGUGUGUCAUAUUCACAGAUUCAAGGAAUUCCGCAUUUCAACGAAUACAAAAUUUCCAGUCGAACCUUUUCAUUGGCUGAUGGUAACUUGGUUCUCAUUGGUUGACUGGAUCUCUCCACGGGCAGUUGUUAUCACUUUGCUUUGUUUGCUGGUUUGUGACUUCAGACUUGUGAAUUUGUGUACAGUUCAGGACUAGAGGUGUCAAUAUCGGUUAAACUGGUUUAUUUUAGAUGGGUAAACGUUAUUACUGCGAUUAUUGUGACAGAUCAUUUGUUGAUGAUUAUGAAGCGAGGAAAAAACACAUAUCAGGGUCAAUGCACGUGCGAUUGAGAAAAGAACAUUAUGAUGCUUUUCGCGAUGCAAAGACCAUAUUGGCAGAAGAAUCAGCAAAAGUGCCAUGCAAGAGGUAUCAGCAGACUCGUGAAUGUGUUUUUGGCUCCAACUGCAGAUUUUCACACUACACUGCAGAAGAUUUAAUGAAUUUAAAAAUGAAAGUUGAAGAAGAAGAGCGACUGGAAAGAGAGAAGUACACAAGACUGGAUCUUGAUCAUGAUGAUGGUCCAACUUUGACAUCUUGGCUACAGAAGAGAAGUAAAAUGAAAACCUCACAGAGCACUGUUGAGGAGCACAAACCUAAAGCAACAGUUCUCUGGGAACUUCCACCUGAACUACAAGAGGUUCCUGAUCUUCCUCCAUCUCUCCAACCACUAAGAGUGGAUGAUUUCACAAAUGCAGAAUUUGAAACUUGGGGCUGAUAUGUAUAUAUUACGGCUGGAUGUAUUACAUGUUUACUCGUAACCCUUAAAGUUUAAAUUCAACAAUUUGUUGUUCUAAAUUCCAUGAUGUUGGGACUGUUCUUUAGGCUCAUGGGUAUCUUAUAUAGUCCCUGUGCUCUUCUUUGCAGUUGGUUCUGAACUAUAUGGCUUUGUUAAAAAUUGUUUCCUAUGCAAGUUUUGGUUUCAGCUGAUUCAAAGCACUUAGGUUGAUGGCUCACUAAGAAAACCAGAGUUAUGAGUGGUUGGAUGCCACAAUUUUACACAAAAUGCAUGCUGCCUCCUACCCCCCCUCCCCCCUCCCUCCUGCACACACACACACACACACACACACACACACACACACACACACUAGGGAUGUCAGUCAACCUCCCCCUCCCCCAGUUGGGUAUGUAGUCAUUCAGGCCAAUGUGCAUGCUAGACAGUCGGUGCACAGCCAGCUGUGCCAAAUUUAUAUGAAUUAAGACAGGUUGAUGUCAUUGAUAUUGAUAUGGAGAAAUUUAUGUUAAUAAUUACGAAGAAACUUGCUUUGAGGAAAUUGCCGGUAAAAAUAUGAAAAGAUAAAUGUGAGAAAUAAUUCUAGUGAUUGGCUCUUGGAAUGGAAAAACAGGAAAAUGUUUUUAAUAAUGUAGGUAUGCAGUAUGACAGAAGCAAAAUAGUACAUUGUGUAAAUAUUUUCACAUAUGGGUUUUCUUCUGUUUUACUUCAUUGUGUCCAACAUGCACUAAAAUUCAGUUCCCAUAAUCCAACAUCCCAUUCAGGAAGAGGCACCAUCAACACAGUAAUCCACAAAAAAGUUUCUGGGUUGAUUAUGUCAAUCUCUGGGGUGGAAAUGAGUUGGAUGUCCAUCUCUUGGAUGGGAAUGAGUUAGGAGGAUGUUUUAAUUGGGAAUGCUUUAGAAGGGAAAUGGUCAGGUUGAAUUUAGGUGUAGGGGAAAUUAGUGAAGUGUUGGCAGAAAGAGCAGAACUUCUGGUGGGGGAAUUUUUGGGUUAUAAAUACAAAAUCAAAUAGGAGUAAUGUAGUAGUAUGUCUAAUAGUAUAUUAAAAACAUUAUCAUAACAAAGAUAGAUAUUGUCAACAUCUACCACAGUAUUAAAAGUUUUACUGCUUACUAUCGCUGCAGAUGAUGUUGAAACUGAUGCAUUGUAUGAUGAUAUAAAAGAAAUUAUUCACAUAGUUCAGGAAGACAAAACUUCAAUUUUUAUGGGAGACUGAAAUUCAAUAGAAUGAAAAGGAAGGGAAGGAAAGGGAAGAUAAUGCGAGUACGUGAACUGUGAGAAAGGAAUAAAAAGGGAAGCCACCUGGUAGGUAAAUUAUCAUUGCUAGUAGUUGAUUUCAGAAGCGUGAAAAAAGAUUACAUAUGUGGAAGAUAACUUGAGACUCAAGUACAAUUCCGACUGAGUGUUAAUGGUAAGACAGAGAUUUUGAAUCCAUAUUUCAAAAUACAAAUAAUUCCCAGUGACAUGUGGAAUCUGACCAUAAGUUAUUGGCUCCAAACUGCAAACUAAAACUGAAGAAAUACCAGGAAUGUAGGAAAUUAAGGAUGUAAGAACUAAAUAAAUCAGUAGUAGUAUGGCAGGGGUUGUAAUUAGUUUCAAAGAGUAACUUAGACAAUGAUUGACCAAAAUGGGGAAAAGGAAUAAAAUAGAAGAAAAAUAGGUAGCUUUGAGAGAUAAACUGUGAAGGCACAAGAGGUUCAAAUUGGCAGAAAGAAACCCUUGCGUAACACACAAUAUAUUGAAGUUACUUGAGGAAAGGAGAAAAUAUAAAAUAAUGAAGCAGAAAUUGCUAGAGGGAAAAUCAAAAGUUGUUGAAGCAUGUAUGACUAUGAGGAAAGAUAGAGGUCAUUUACAGGAGAGUUAAAGAUAACUUGAGGAAAGAAGAAAAGCAUAUGUGCGAAUAUCAAGAGCGGGUGUGGCAAGGCAGUAGUAAUAAAAAAGGGGAAACUGAAAGGAAUACGUAGAGGGAAUAUGCAAGGGAAUUAAUGAGAAGGCAAUAUUAUAGAAAUGGAAGAGAAAGUGAAUAAAGAAAUGAUUCUGCAAGAAGACUUUGAAAGAGCACUGAAAGAUCGAGGUUGAAACGAGGCCCAUGCAGCAGAUGACAUUCCCUUAGAAUUAUUGAUAUAUCUGGGAAAGCCAGACAUGACACAACUAUUCCAAACGGUAUGCAGGAUAGGUGAGAGAGACUAAAUACUCUAUGUAGAAAAGCUGCUGGAAAAGGCAGGUGCUAAAAGGUGUGAAUUUUACCGAACUAUCAUUUCGACAAGUCAUGGCUGGAAAAUAUUGACAUAAAUUGUUUAAAGAAGAAUGGAAAAACAUUCUGAAACUGAUCUUGUUGGAGAUUGGUUUGGAUUAUCUAGAAAUACAGGAACAUGCCGACAAGGCAAUACUGGUUCCAAAAAUUGUCUUAAAAAUAGGUUAAUCUGAGGCAAACCUACAUUACAAUGAUCGGUCAGAAGCCAAAGCACACUUGCACUGGUGUUACGCUCUUGGAAGUAGGUCCUACUUACGUAUUAGAUAUCUUAUUACUAAGUUUCAUUUAAUGUAAUCUUAAGAUAUUCAAGUUUAUUAAGAGCCAUCAACGAUUUUUAUUUAAAAAAUCAUGUAGAGUCACAGCCUCUGCAGCAUUGUGCUAAGCUUGUGGUGCUGUUAAAAUGCAGUAUGAAAAUGGCCAAGGCUACUUUCUGUUCCGUAGUAAUGUUAGAAAGUCUGUACUGAAGAUAUUUGUCUCGAGUGCAGCCAUGUGCAGAAGCGAAAUGUGUGUGAUAAGCAGUUGAGGCAAGAAGAGACUUUAAGCUUUUUAAAUGUUGUGCUACAGAAUAACGCUGAAGAUCAGAUGGGUAGGCAAAGUAACUAAUGAUAACUAAAUCAAUUUGGGAUGAAAGAAAUUUAUGACAUAAUGGGACAAAAGGACGGAUCAUUUGAGAAAUUGUGUCCAGCUGGUAAUGGGUGGAAUUUUAGGGUGGUAAAAACUGUAGAGGGAAAUAAGAUUGAAUACAAUAGGCUUGUUCAAACUGCUGUUGGUUGCAUUAGUUAUGUUGAUGUGCAGAGUGAUGCACAGUCUAGAGGAAUGUGGAGAGUUGCAUCAAAGCAGUCUUCAGACUGAAGACAUCAUCAUCAUUUGGAUUUAGGCCUUUAUAUUACUUGUGGUUGUUAUAGAAUGGAGAAUAGCCAUAGUAGUACUUGAAAUACUACACCAUCUCCACUUUAUGUAUAAAAGUGUAAAAUGUCAUGCCAUAAAAAUAUGCACAGCAAAGUAAAUGUUUACUUUCAGAGACCCUGUUCUUAUUUGCCUCCAUUCCAAUAUGAAAUCAAUAUACUGUCUAGUUCAGGAAUGGUGACACUCAAAAACAUUUUUUUGUAGAAAGUUGUAAAUCUAUAAUAAAACAGUUUUGUGUGACUGCUGAAAUGUAAUUUUAGUAACAAAUAUACAAGGCAUUGCUAUGCUAUUUAUGUUUGAAA